AUGACAGUCAUGGAUAUUUCAGGCAACCUCGUAUUACUGCUUCUCAUAAUUCUGCUUGGUGUCAUGACCAUAAUAUGGUGGAAGAAAAGCAUCAGAAUUCAUUCUCAGCUGCCUCCAGGACCCACUCCUCUACCACUGAUCGGUAACAUUCUCCAAGUGAAUCCAAAAGCAUUUCUAGAGUCCCUACAAAAGUUCAGAGAGAAGUAUGGACCUGUAUACACUGUAUAUUUUGGAUCCCAUCCAGUAGUGGUUAUGUGCGGAUAUGAGGCAGUAAAAGAAGCCCUGGUUGACAAUGGCGAGUUCUUUGUUAACAGAGGGAAAAUGCCAUUAUCCGACUAUAUAAACAAAGGCUUUGGUGUUUUAGGAAGUAAUGGAGAACGAUGGAGGACACUUCGACGCUUCUCUUUAACAACUUUAAGAAAUUUUGGUAUGGGAAAGAAGAGUCUUGAGGAGAGAAUCCAGGAGGAAACACAUUAUUUAGUAGAGAAGCUUGGGAAAAUGCAAGGCAAACCCAUCGACCCCACCUUCCUGUUAAGUUGCGCUGUGUCAAAUAUCAUCUGCUCAAUAGUGUUUGGCCAACGGUUUGACUACACAGACAAGAAAUUUCUAUCUUUACUCAACGAUAUCAGCAUUUCCAUGCGUUUCACAAACUCAACCUGGGGACUGAUAUUCUUUUUUUUCCACAAGUUGUUGCGCCAUUUUCCUGGUCCACAUUUUAGAGGGAUAAAGCAUCUGAAAGAUAUUAGAGAGUUUGUGAAGGAACAAAUCAGGCACAGUCAAGAGAACCUUGAUCCUAAUUUCCCACAGCAUUUUAUUGAUUGCUUCUUGGUGAAGAUGCAGCAGGAGAAACAGAACCCAAACACAGAGUUCCACAUGGAGAACUUGUUAGUGACAACAAUUAACCUGUUUUUUGCUGGGACAGAAACAGUCAGUACUACACUCAGAUAUGGCUUUCUCAUCCUUAUCAAAUAUCCAGAGAUUCAAGAGAAGAUACAAGAUGAAAUUGACAAAGCAAUAGGACGACAGAGAUGUCCCUGCAUAGAAGACAGAAUGCAGAUGCCGUAUACUGAUGCUGUGAUCCAUGAAAUCCAGAGAUUUGGCGACAUUCUCCCGACUGGGGUUCCUCACUCAACCACACAUGAUAUCACCUUUAGAGGGUACAAGUUACCAAAGGGCACAGACAUUUAUCCAUUACUAACCACUGUGCUUCAAGAUCCUGAACAGUUUUCAAGCCCAGGAAAAUUUUAUCCAGAAAGGUUCUUGGAUGAUCAAGGAAAUCUGAAAAAGAAUGUGGCAUUUAUGCCAUUCUCUACAGGCAAACGGAUGUGCCCAGGGGAAGGCCUUGCUCGUCUGGAAAUCUUCCUCUUCCUCACAUCGGUCCUUCAGAACUUCACUUUAACAACUGAUGUCCCUUUAGAGAAGCUAGACUUAACUUCUGACACCAGUAGUGCUGGACGAGUCCCCCGUCCAUAUCACAUGUUUGUUUGCCCCCGUACCUAGAACUUCACUAAAUUAUUUAAAAAACAGUGGUAUUGUAAAUGCAGUGAACUUAAAGGGACAUUAAAGUCAAAAUGAAACUUUAAUAAUUCAGAUAGAACGCACUAUUUUAAAACAGCUUUCCAAUUCAAUUCCAUUAUCUAAAUGUGCAUUCUUUUUUAUAUGCACACUUUCUGAGGCACCAGUUUCUACUGAGCAUGUGCAAGAAUUUACUGGAAAAUAUGUAUAUGUAUUUUGUGAUUGGCUAAAGGAUGUCACAUUAUGCAUUGGGAAGUAAAAUGGAACUAACUUUAAAAUGUAUCAUUAACAAAUCUACAACUCAUUUGAAAUUUAAACUAAGGGUCCGAUGAUCUAAACUUUGCCAGAUCAGACAUGUUUUUCCUCGCUGAUCCUCGCAGGGGCUACCCUGGUGGAAUUAUAGUAAAAAAGGAGAAGUCCCUGGAAGUGGCAAGAUGUUUCUUAUUCAAAGUAUUGGAGUUAGCAGUCAG